CAUGUGCAGAUUAAUGACAACACGACAGUCAAGUUACCAAAGCUGAAUCAUGAAGAUAGGGACGGCUGUUUGAUUCGCAAUAGCUGCUUCACAUUUAAGUUUACUGAUGAGUUAGAGCCCAGCAAAGAUGUUCGCUAAAUUGAAGAAAAAAAUUCAAGAGGAAGGAGGAGAACCUGAAAAGGCUGGUCUUCCUUCUGUACAUGGGCAGCCCAGUCCUGUUGCUAAAUCAGGGUUUUCAUUCCCCACAAGAAAGAAGGAUGGUGAGAAUAAGGAUAAUGAUUCUGGGACCAGUGGUACAUCAGAAGAAAAUAAGGAGGCAGGAACUAAGGAGGAAGUUAUGUCCAUGCUAGUCAAGAGGACUGAACAAGUCAAGAAACUUGAAGCACAAGUUGCAGAGUACACCAAUUUACUGAAGGAGAGGACCAGAACUGUAGAGAAGCUGGAGCAGACAUUGGAGAAACAAACUGACACUUCAUCUAAGCGCAUACAGGAAUUAAAUGAGCAGUACCAGUCAAAUCGCAACAAGAUGACUGAAGGGUUUACAAUGGCACUGCAGAAAAAAGAUGAGGAGACAAAAGAGCAGAUAGAUGCAAUACAACAGGAAAAAACAGAUUUAGAAGCUCGUCUAAAAGAGGCAAUGGAGUAUCAGAAGAAACUGUGUAAACGUGAAGAGGAAAAUGAAGAGUUUGAAGGGUUGACAACGCAGGAAAUUGCCAAAGUCAAACAUAUGUUACUUAAUGUGCAAGCAGACCUGAGCAAAUCCCAGACUGAAUUAGAUGAGAAGAGGGCAGAGAUAGAUAAUUUAGUGUCAACUCAGAAGGAGCUUGAAACUCAAGUAAAAUCUUUGAAAGAAGAGUUAUCUGAGAAAAGCAGCCAGCUGUCCAAAGUGGAGUCGUCUUAUAUAAGUCUACAAGGAGAACAUCAAACACUGCAGAGGAACAGUGAACAGUAUAGAACUAAGACAACCAGUCUUCUUGAGGAGAAAUCUGAACACAUUACUCAUCUGGAGGAGAGAACACAUAUUUUGGAACAGAGGCUGAAAGACGGAGAGCUCUCAGGGGAUGAAAGAAGUGCAGCUCUUGAGAAAGAGAGAGAUAGUUUAGAAGCCAAGUUAUCAGAAACCAGGCAGCAGUUGACAGAAGUGAAGUCGGCUUGGAGUGAAAAAAUACAUCAGUUGGAGCUGCAGGUUUCCAACUUAAAUGCAAAAAUCAUAGAAGACAAUGAAGAGAUUGCUAGCUCCCAGAAGGCCAUGACAGAGAUGAGGCAUAACCUGCACUCACAAAUAGAGCAGCUGGAGAAGGCGGCAGAUGUGGCCCAGAGCAGGAUGACAGAGGCACAGGAGACAGUUAAAGAAAAAGAUGCACAGAUGGAAAAGGAGAGAAAACAAUUUGAAAGGGAGUUAGCCAAAGGUAAACAAGCUGCCCAGGAAAUUGAGAUUGAGCUGCGAGCCACUGUCACGUCUUUAGAGAGCCAGGUACAGUCUCUACAGGAAGCAAACCAAGCAGAGAAAGCUCUCACGCAACUUGCACAACAGAAAAUUAAUCAGCUACAAGCAAAACAAGAUGAAACACUGGAGAAAGAUUUGGAGACAGAGAAACAAAUUACUAUUUUAGAAGAUGAAAAACAGGCCCUACAGAAAAUGUUAUCAGAAAAGUCUUCAGAAUGUGAGAAACUGAACCAGCAGGUGAAGGCAAUGAGCUUAGAACUACAGGAGUUGCAGGACAAGUUGUCUGGUCUUCAGAAUGACUCCCACUCAAGUAAUGAAAAGACUGAAAAAUUAGAGAAGAAUUUAAAAAGUAGACAGGCAGAACUGCAAGAGUGUAAAAGUGAAAAAGAUGCACUGUUGCUGCGUAAUGCUGAAUUAUCUCAGCAGAUGGAGUCAGUGAGGCGGUCUAUGCAAGAGGAGCUUCAAAAAUCAAACAGGGAACUUCAGGAACAAAAGGAAGAGGUUCUGAGGUUACAAAGUCAGGUCCAGCAAGUAGAAACCCAGAACUUAGAUAACAGUAAAGUUGCAGUGACAGAGGAGACCAAUAGACUCAACCUGGUUGUCAAAGACUUGGAGGAGCAAAUAUCAGAGAAAAAUAAGACAAUAAAGAUGCAACAACAGAGGCUAGCAGACCUGAAAAAGACAUUACAAAGAGAGCUGAGGGUUCAAGCCUUGCCCAAUGAUGAACCUGUCGUGUUAAGAGACAAUAGAGACACUGUUCCCACCAAUGGGCCGAGCAGUAAAACUGCAACUUUACAGACAGAAAGUCGAACUGUAUCUGCUGCAGUGGCACCUGUUGUGCAAACCCAACAAAAUAACAUGACACAUGCUGUGCAAUGGAGAAAACCAGAUGAACUAUCAGAGGUUAACUUCCGAUAUCUGAAACACGUGGUGCUAAAAUUUAUGCUUAGUAGAGAAUCUGAGGCUGUGCAUUUAAUCCGUGCUGUCGGGACAUUACUUAGGUUCUCGGAGGAGGAACAGAAACUGCUCAAGCAAACUUUAGAAUACAAAAUGUCCUGGUUUGGAUCACCACCCAAACUUGGCAAAGGACAGCUUGCCAAAACCAUCCCUCCUACCUUCUGAUUUGUUGACCAAAUGGCUGUGCUCAAUUCAAAGUCUCAAGACUGUCUGACAGAUUUUUCCAGAAUACCAUUUGCCUGACAGAUUUUUCCAGAAUACCAUUCCUCUUUUACCGUCUGAUGGAACUGCAUUGCUGUUGUUUCUCAACACCAGACCAAAACUGAUGGCAGUUUCUGGAUCAACAUCAUUGACCAUUUCUAGAUUGCUGUCGCCUUACCCAUCAAGUCAAGUUGCCAUGCUGCUGUUUCUUAUUGACAGAUUGCAAUUGUUGGUUGUUUGCUGGUCAGCUUUUUAUGGGUCACUUUCAUCUAAACCUGGAUUUAAGCUGGGCUGAAUCCUGGUUAAAAUCCACAACAUGGUACAAUGUUAUUAUUUGGCACAUUUGAAGUUAAAACCAGAUAAAGAUCAGACCAAGAUUCAGUAUAUAAUGUGGAAUAUGUACUUAUUUUUUAUGUGCAACACUGAAUUGCCAAUACUUUAUGAUGUCAUUUCUGACUGAGAGGGAUACACAUGUAAGGCUGACUUCAAUCAAAUUUUUUAUUGUUAUCAGACUGGCAUUGCUCUGUUCCUAGAACAAUUUAGAUGGUGUAAUUAUGUUGUCUCAUACUACGUGUUAGCAUAUUACUUGAAUGUUAAAAAACCUCCCAAACCUUCCAUGUUAUGUUUAGGUGAGAAAAUUUGCCCAAGUUUAAAAGGAAAACUUAGCUUUACUCAGCUGAUAAUGUAAUGAGUUGCACCUAAUAUCCACAUCCCUGUGAUAUUUUGAGAUCAUUUAAAUUUUUUUAAUGAAAUAUAAUUUGUUAUGGUACGCGGAUAAUUUCCAUUCAUGAUAAGCAAGUGAAUGUGAUGUGUUGCAAAUCGUGAAAUCAACUAAAGAUGCCGACAGAGUAUUAAGUUGAGAAAAACAUAUUACAAUACGUUUUUGGCAUUAGAAGGAUAAACCUUAUUUUUAUGUUGAGUGCUUUCCAUGGAGAACAAGUAUACAUACCAGUCAGGCCACAUAUUGUAACAAAAAGUCAUUAGAAAGAUAUAU